AUGCGUAUAUAUGAGGAAGGCUUGCGAUACGCCCGUUGGCUACAGCCCGGGCACGGGGCUGAUGGCCUCUACCUCGACUACAACGCAACUACUCCCGUUGACCCGGCAGUCUUUGCUGCCUUGAGCCCGUUUUUACAGGAGCGCUUUGGAAACCCCUCCAGCAAGCACGCUGUGGGCGUUGACGCCGCGGGAGCCCUCAGGGCGGCCCGCGAGGCCGCCGCGGCCGCCCUGGGGGCCCCUCCCUGCAGCAUUACCUUCACCAGCGGCGCCACAGAAAGCAUUAACUGGGCACUGAAGUCAGGGGCCAAACUUAAGAGGCUCAAGGGGCCCUCUCCCGGCCGCAUAGUGACCUGUGCUAUGGAGCACCCUGCAGUCUUGCGCGUCUGCGAGUACCUCCGCGAUGAAGAGGGCUUCGAGCUGAUUCUGUGUCCAGUUCUCUCUUCUGGCCUCAUAGACCUUGGGGCCUUUGAGGCUCUUCUUACCGCUGAUGUGCGGCCUCUAAUCGUGGUGGCUUUAUGUGUACAGACAAUUCUCAUUAGCAUCCCUCUUGCAAACGGCGAGGUUGGAGUGGUGCAGCCGAUACGAGAGGUGGUGUCAGUGGCCCGCCGGAUUUGCCCAGAUGCUCUCAUCCACGCAGACGCGUCGCAGGCCAUGGGCAAGGUGGCUGUACAGCCCGUUUCCCUAGGUGUGGACCUCUUAACAGUUGCGGGCCACAAAGUCUACGCACCGAAGGGAGUUGGGGCUCUUUACAUUCGGGAAGGCAUAAAUCUGCCCCCCUUGGUUCUUGGUGGGGGCCAAGAAAGCGGCCUUAGGGGGGGGACAGAGAACGUGGCCUACAUUGUGGGCCUCGCCAAGGCCCUUGAGUUGGUGCAGCAGAGCUGGGCGGCACCUGAGUGGCCCUGCACACAGCAGCAAAUAGCUGCCGCUGCUGCAGCAGCGUCCAGCAAUGAGCUGGACAGUUCAGAAGCAAACCAAGCCAAGGAAGCAGGGGCCCUCGCGGCCCAUCCUCCCCACCCGAGCAAGCUUGCCUUCACCGCCAAAGUAUUCGUAGAGGCUUUUUGGGCGGCUUUGGAGCAGGACACAAAAAGCAGCAGGCAACUACUUGCUGCUGCUGUGCGUUUCAAUGGCCCUCUUGGGGCAGCCGACGCACAAGUGCAGCAGCAGUGGCUGCCCGGAACUAUUCACCUAUCGAUUUGGGGCGCGAGUGGCUUUGAAAUAGCAAAUGCUCUUGCUGAAGAAGAACGGCUGUUUGUCUCGGCUGGGGUGAGCUGCCACCAGUGCAAGACGGCGUCAGGGACUUUGUUGGCUAUGGGCCAUCCCGACGAGUGGGCAGUGGGCUCUCUGCGCAUAAGUGUGGGCCGGUGGACCUCUCCUUUCGAGGCUGCUGAUGCUGCUCGUAGAGUUGUCAAACUGUUGGUGUCUCAUCAGCUGCUGCAACGCGAAGGGGUCCCGAAUUAG